UAGCGUUUCAAUUCAAAUAUGAUACUUAAAAAAAUGUAAAACCGCUACCAGUUGUAAUGUCGAUAUCCUGGGUAGGUGCAAACAGACAGACUUAUCACUCUGAAGAAAACAACAGCAGGAAUAUAAUGAUAAGCCGCAUAUAUGGCGGUGAUAGGAGAGUUAUGGUGCCUACUGCUGCAACUCCUGCAGGCCUUUGAUGAUAAACAAAUGAAAGAGCGUUGAAUAUUGGCAGGCAGCAGGCACCCUUUGAUUCUGCUUUAAUUCUGGUAGAAAUAAAUGAAAGCAAGAACUGUUUGUGAUGAGUGAAUGACUGAGCGAGAACUCAAAAUUUCAUAGAGCGAAACCUCAUCGAUGAGAUCGCUGUAUGGAUCGAUACAAGACAUGCCGGCAGGCUAACGUGAAAUGUACGUACUGUCGAGCAGAUUUCCAACCUGAAGGGAAGGGGUCGAUCUGUGCUAAAUGCGAAAACAACGUGCGGCAAUUCGGGAAACCACGCUCAUGUGAUUACUGCAAUCUCGUUGCAGCUUUCAUCGGAAGCAAAUGCCAAAGGUGUACGAACUCCGAAAAGAAGUACGGUGCGCCAGUGCAAUGUGAGCAGUGCAAACAAAAGAGCGCAUUCGAUCGCAAGGACUCCGAAACGCAAAAACGGGAAGGCAAGAUGCUUUGCUGGCUCUGCACGGUUUCACUGAAGAGGACCCUCGCCAAAGCUAGAAUCUCCGAUUCUGGAAGAAUGCGUGCGAGCUCAAGUCGCACGAGUCCAACUGCGCCUCCAACUGCUAAUCUACUACCAGAGAACGGACUCAAGAAAAAGGAAAAAAAAACGCCCGACUUUCAUCGAGACCGAAAGCUUCGGCCAGAUGUUACAAAGGUGGCGGUCGAGGAAGAAAAGAAAGAGACAAAAGAUAUCAAGCCAUCGAAACCUCUCUUGUUCCCUGACCCCACGUCUUCUGAUCAUGUAGUGGCUCUCACAAAACUUAAUGACCAAGUCCUCAGUCUUCAGCGGCAGCUGUCAGAGAAAGACAAACAACUGAUAGCUAAAGAUAGGCAAAUCUGCGAGUUAAAAGCCGAUAUGGCCAAACAAGAUCGUGAUGCGAGAAGCAAGUUUCAAGAUACCGUUAAGCGACAUGCUGAACAGAUGAACGAAAUGCAGGAAAAAUGCCGCUCACUACAAAAACAAGUAGUGGCGCACAAAGAGGCGAAGAAAGAGUCAAAAGCGAAGAAGCUGAAGAUGGAAAUUAGCAACGCUCUGUUGAAUACAACGAUGUAGUGGAAACACGCCAGGAGUUCGCGUAACAUUAUCAUGUAUCAUUUCGAUUCGUGGCUCAUCUAGAAGUAACACAUGUCCGGCCUCGAAACUAACUCUUCUAAAGAAAUGUUUGGUGGAGAACAAAAGCAAGAAUGUGCUCUUGUGACAAAACCUGUACACGAUGACAGAUUACAAAUCCCUUUGGCGACACAUUGUCAGUCUUGGCUGUCAAUCGUAGAAAGCAUACUAAAAAGUAGCUUCUACAGUGAAAAUUGCAAAACAUUAGCGUAUUGAAUCCAUUACUGCACUUAGUUUACACAGCAGUACAAUAAGUUUAUUCUUUGUAUGACAAGAUUCAGAGGGUAAAAUCUAAGCAGUAGCUAGAAUUCUUUUCACGAACCCGAUGUUCCUUGAACCGUGUAGCGGGGCGCAAAUUUUGUAACCGUAUAAUGGCAUGACUCUUAGUUAAGAGCUUGAUAAAUGCACGUGCGCUCUCCUUGAUAAAAUGAUUAACAUUGCUAGCUAUCUAUUAAGAUGAUACAUUUGUAUCAGAGUACUGUCCUGCGUAAGCGAAAUAUUACUAAGCUGUUUUCAAUUAAACGGGCCACACAUUUACCUCAUAUAUCAGGACAAAGCUUAUAUAUUAUGUCAGUGUAACAUGUACCUAUCUAAAGUUCCGUUUUAAAGGUUAACUUUUUACUUUCCGUAUUAUAGCAAUAGUGUUUGCGUUCAGUUGUCUUAAACAUGUGGUCCC